AUGAGGCUUGCGUCAAAUGAGAAUAGCUUCGCGAAUUAUUGCGGAGUAUACAGACAAGACCUCACAGACUUUUCGGAUAAAGAGGUACUUACACCUGAAAUGCCUGAUUCAGAGCGUGAAUCUUCAUUCAGUGAACACAAUACAGAUUCUUCCAUCGCACAUGAGGAUGACACUGGGAUCUUGAUCGAUAAUGAGAUUCAUCCCCGAAUCGAGGAAAACCCUCUCCACGAAAUCGCCGGCACUGCAUUUGGUUUAGGUAUUCUUCUUGGUGGAUCAUUCGGGCUGCUUCCUUAUAUCACUUUCAAGAAUUUCAAUCUUUACCUAAUUGCUUUAGCUCUUUUUCAUUUUCUUGAAUUUUACACCACUGCCAGAUUUAACCCAGGAAAGGUCACAUCACAAUCAUUUCUAUUGAAUAAUGGUAGAGGGUAUAUCCUCUCGCAUAUACUUGCCACGUUAGAAACUUUAGUAGAAUGUAUUUUCUUCCCUAAAUGGAAAUCUACUACCUACUCCGCAUCACACAAAAUAAUUGUGCUAUCUGGCAUUGUGCUGGUGAUUUUUGGCCAGUUUAUUCGAACUGCUGCAAUGGUUACCGCCGGAAGGUCAUUUUCUCAUUAUGUCAAGACGAAAAGAAACUCUGAUCAUGAGCUCAUCACUACGGGAAUAUACGCGUGGAGUCGUCAUCCUAGUUAUUUGGGAUUUUUUUGGUGGGCCCUUGGGACCCAAAUGUGUCUUCUUAACAUCGUCUCAUUUUUCGUUUUCUUAAUCAUUCUGUGGAAUUUUUUCCACCAACGGAUCAAGUUUGAAGAAAAAUUUCUAAUUCAAUUUUUCGGUGAGGAAUACUUAAGAUAUCGACGUCGUGUGCCCGUUGGGAUUCCUUUCGCUUCUUGA